CUAAUUUGAUUUUGAGUGAGUGGCCUGCAAAUCGUACUUAUAAACAGCACAAUGAGCCUUCAAUAUUCAUCCAUAGCGCGUGGACUGCUGAACAUCAUGUCUCAAGAUCAAGAAAGCGCCAAAAAACGUGUUUACUUUAGACUCAAAGACGACUUAGUCUUAGUGCGUUCUUCCCUGGCAAGAAAUCCAUGGGAGAAUCCUCCCAAUUGGGAGGCUGUUCGCCUCGACGUGUGUAAAAGUCUCCACGUUGAUAGUUUACGAACUAUUCGUGAGAGGAUGGAACUCCUCAUCAAAUCGUUCAAGAGGGAGGACAGAUUGCGGAAAUCCAAAUCUGGUACUGAAGAGGAAUAUGACGAGAUGUCACAAAUGUUGACUGAAGUGAUUUCCCUAAAAGAAGAUGUGGAAAUGGAAAGAACAAAAACAAAAAAGAAGAAGGAAGAAGAUCAAGAAAAAGAUCAAAAGAAAGUGACUGAAAUUCUAGAGAAGUCGAUGAACACCCUUGGUAAACAAACGAAAUCGCCUCAAUCAAGCCCUUCUAAGAAACGACUCUGCAAAAGAGGUAACUUCUUAGAGGAAUACCUCACCAGAAAAAUUGAACUUGAGGAGAGGAAAUUUGCACUGGAAGAGAGAAAAUGGAACGCAAUGAAUCCCAAGAAAGACUGAUGAUGUGGGCAUACUGACAUUAAAACGUCCGUGUCUGUAAUUUUAAUACUAAAUAGCCACAUUUCAGUACUUACUUUAGUUCAAACAUUUUUUCUCGAUUGAUUAUUUCGGCAGCACUUUUGACAAGUAAAAAAUCUUGUGCAUACGGAUUUGAUGUUUACUUUAAAAUUAAUAGCACUUGUUGUCUAAUUCAACAAGCCUUACAGAUCAAUAUUAUCAGUAAAAUAUUCUGGAAUGGAAAAUUAGGAUUAGACGUACAUACUCAUAGAUGGAGACUUUAACAUCAGUUUGAUGUGUACUGUUUUAGUUACUUCUUUUUAUUUGUUUUAUUUGUCCUCAUGGCAAGUUAAAUUCAUAUUUUAUUAUUAUGAACGCAAAAAGAUGAAGGUACAAAAUGUUACUUUUAAAAAGACUAAUUCCUUUAAACGCACUGAUCACCAAUCAUCUCAAUCAUUUAAAUUAGCUAACUGCUAAUGCUCCUCUUGUUCUAAAUUUUGUUACGUAUAAAAAUGCUGUUUACUUGCAUAUAACAUUUAUUUUAAUUAUACAUAUACAUAUACAUUAUACAUGUAGCACGGGUUGUGAUCGAAAGAUUUGUCCGCUAUGUUGUGUCAUGUUAUUUUUCAUAAAAACACUAAGAAAACGUCACAAUUUUUUGAGUCAUAUGCUUCGUUAUACCAAAGAACCUCAACUUACCCUGUGCAAUAGGUACACCAUUUGCAAGUAACCUUUACUUUUGUUUGAACUACAAUAACGCUAGGAGCAAAAUCUAUUGAAAACAGCUCUAGAGUAUCAUACUCUAAAACGUACCAAUUAUUUUCUAAAUUUUCAAUUGCACUGAACACAGUGACAUGAUAAUAUCGC